CUUGUGUUGAAUUUAGAGACUCUGUGUGAUUACUGCUUUGUUCCACCUCAGUCCUGCUUUUACCACUUCAACAUACCUCAAACACUGAAUCAUUUACACACUAUUUUAAUUAGAAAAGUCAGAUGUAACAAGGAUGUUUAGGGCAAAUCAGCCCCCCCACCCCCCAACACCCUCCAGUCAAAAGCGCUGAGCCCAGGCAACAGUCACUGAUAUCAGUUAGAGCUGAGAGAGAGGUCCAGACAGUGAGCUUGUUUCUGACCGAAACUCAGAGCAGCAGCUGAAUUUCACCAAAGAAGAAGAGGAAGAAGCAGCAGACAGUAGAAGAGGACGUGUUUAAAUGGAGGAUCUGUGCAGUGUGAACGGUCUAGAUCCUCUCUGGGACUGGAACCUCACCUGGUAUACCUCCAGGCCGGACCUGACUCAGUGUUUUCAGCACACUGUCCUGGUGUGGUUCCCCUGUGUUUACCUGUGGACCUGUUCUCCUCUUUACCUGCUCUACCUGCAGCUCCGCCCCCAUCGAGGCGUCAUCCCACUGUCCAAACUCUGCUGCAGCAAGACGCUCCUCGGUCUCAGUCUGGCCUCCUUCGGUCUCCUGGAGAUGUUUUACUUUGUGGUGAAGAAGAAUGAGGAGAUCCAGAACCACCUGCUGAUCCUGCUGGGUCCACUGAUCCGGAGCUUCACUCUGGUUCUGGCUGUUGUUAUAAUCCAGGUAGAGAGGAUGAAGGGCAGUCGUUCGUCCGUCCUCCUCUUUCUCUUCUGGACUCUUUUGGUUAUUUGCUCUGUUGUUCCUUUGAAGGUCGACAUUGAGCAGAUUAUUGAUCAGGGUUUUUCAUCUGAUGCUAUUCGUUUUGUGGCGUUCUUCAUCUGUUUUUCCAUCCAACUCAUUGAACUGGUCCUCAGCUGCUUCUCAGACCACCGACCACACUCUGACAAACACACUUACGUCCAGAAACAAUGUCCAGAGGAAGACGCCUCAUUUCUUUCAAAGUUUUUCUUCUUCUGGUUCAGCAGCUUGGUGCUCCAGGGUUACCGGUGCCCCCUGCAGGCUGUAGAUCUGUGGUCUCUGCGGGACCAGGACUCAUCGAUCCGGAUCAUGACAGAUUUAGAGAAGUUCUGGACUGAGUCCCAGAAACAGCUGCAAGAGGAGCCUGCAGGUUCUGGACUGUCCCAGUCUUGGUCCAGGUCCUGGUCCUGGACAGUUGGUUCAGCUGGACCAACAGAAAAAACUCACCUGUUGAAGAAGGACAGGAAAGGGCGGGGCUAUAGAUUCAUCCUCAUACAUGCUCUGGGGCAGAGCUUUGGACCGUACUUCCUGUGUGGGAUACUGUGUCUCCUCUUCCAUGACGCCUUCAUGUUUGCUGUGCCACAGGUGCUCAGCGCACUCCUCGGCUUCAUGCGGGAUAAAGACGCUGCGACGUGGAAAGGCUACCUGUUCGCCUCUCUGCUCUUCCUGCUCUCCUGUCUCCAGUCCGUCCUCCAUCAUCAGUUCAUGUUCCACUGUUUCACUGUAGGAAUGAGGCUGAAGACAGCCGUGACAGGCCUUGUCUACAGGAAGAGUUUGCUGAUGAGCAGUUCAGCUCGGCGUCACUUCACUUUGGGAGAAAUCGUUAACCUGGUUUCAGCCGACACCCAGAAGCUGAUGGACUUUGUGGUUUAUUUUAACAGUGUCUGGAUCGCUCCCAUCGAGAUCGCACUCUGCUUCUACUUCCUGUGGCAGCUCCUCGGUCCUCCUGCUCUCGCUGGGAUCACUGCUGUUGUUUUCAUCUUCCCCCUGAAUGGACUUAUUGCUAAAAUGAGAAGCAAACUGCAGGAGGUUCAGAUGAAGUUUAUGGAUGGUCGGAUCAAACUUAUGAAUGAGAUCCUGAGUGGUGUGAAAAUUCUCAAGUUUUAUGCCUGGGAGGAAGCUUUCCUGAGACGAGUUGGUGUCCAGAGAGACGGAGAACUGAAUGCUCUGAAGAAAUCUCAGAUCCUUUACUCUGUCUCUCUGGCUUCAUUCAACUCCUCCUCCUUCCUGAUCGCCCUGUCAGUGUUUGGAGUCUACGUGUUGAUUGAUGAGCAGAACGUUCUGGAUGCUCAGAAAAUCUUUGUUUCUGUUGCUCUCAUCAACAUCCUGAAAACUCCUCUGAGUCAGCUUCCGUUCGCCAUGAGCACCACCAUGCAGGCCGUCGUCUCGCUCAGACGUCUGACAAACUUCCUGUGUCAAGAUGAACUUAAAUCUGACAACGUGGAGAGACUUCCUCAUAGCACAGAUGGAGACAGUGUUGUCAUUGAAGGCGGGUUGUUUUCCUGGUCCCAUGAUGAUUCUCCCUGUCUGCAGAGGAUCAAUGUGAAAGUGAGAACGGGUUCUCUGGUGGCUGUGGUCGGCCACAUUGGCUCAGGGAAGUCAUCUCUCCUGUCAGCCAUGUUGGGAGAGAUGGAGAGGAGGCGUGGCUUUGUCUCCAUCAACGGUUCAGUGGGCUACGUCCCCCAGCAGGCCUGGAUCCAGAACGCCUCUCUGAAGGACAACAUUUUGUUUGGUGGGGAGAGGAAGGAGAGCUGGUACCAUCGUGUGCUGGAGGCCUGCGCUCUGCUGCCAGACCUGGACUUAUUGCCUGCUGGAGAUAGCACCGAGAUUGGGGAGAAGGGUCUGAACCUGUCUGGAGGUCAGAAACAGAGGGUGAGUCUGGCUCGGGCCGUCUACAGGAAGUCAGAUGUGUACUUGUUGGAUGACCCGCUGUCAGCUGUUGAUGCUCAUGUGGGACAACACAUUUUUGAUCGAGUGAUUGGACCAAGAGGACUCCUCAAAGACAAGACUCGGGUGCUGGUUACUCAUGGCCUCAAUUUCUUGUCUAAGGCAGACCUGGUCCUGGUGAUGGAGGAGGGUCAGAUCUCUGAGAUGGGCUCCUACAUGGAGCUGAUGGACAGAAAGGGGGCCUUUGCCAAAUUAAUCCAAACCUUCAGUGGAAACCAGCGCAGAGAGAGUGCCACUCUCCGAGACAAGAGCAGCAGGAAGUCGGUGUCUCGUCUCAGUAUGACUGAUUUCUCUAUCGAUCUCUCUCAGGAGCAGCUGAUUGGCUGUGACAUGAGCAGUGCCAGUGUUCAGCUGAUGGAGGCUGUUGAUCAGGAUUUAGAUGUUGAGAAUGUUGGUAAACUGACGGAGGCUGAUGAGGCUCAAACAGGGAGGGUGAAGCUGAAGAUGUACAGAGAAUACUUCAGGACCAUCGGCCUCACCUUCAUUAUGACCAUCAUCUUCCUCUGUGCCUUCCAGCAGGCGGCCUCGCUGGCCUACAACUACUGGCUGAGCAUCUGGGCUGACGAGACGCCAGUAAAUGGCACCAUGGGAAACCAUGUACUGAAACUGAGUGUGUUUGCAGCACUUGGCUUUACUCAGGGGGCGGCCAUGUUUGGGACGACGCUCGCCAUCGCUCUGGCUGGGCUUGUAGCGUCACAUCACCUUCACGCUGAUCUUCUCCACAGUGUGCUGCAUUCAACCAUGUCUUUUUUUGAGGUGACACCCAGCGGAAACCUCCUAAAUCGCUUCUCCAAAGAGAUCGACGCCAUCGACUGCAUGAUUCCUGAUGGGUUGAAGAUGAUGCUGGGCUACCUGUUCAAGCUCCUGGAGGUCUGCAUCAUUGUGUUGUUGGCCACGCCUUUCACAGGGCUGGUGCUCCUCCCACUCACCUGUGUCUACAUCUUCAUACAGAGUUUCUAUGUGGCCUCGUCGUGUCAGCUACGACGGCUGGAGGCAGUGAGUCGCUCGCCGAUCUACAGCCACUUCAAUGAGACGGUGCAGGGCGCCGCCGUCAUCCGAGCCUUCGGCGAACAGCAGCGCUUUGUCCUGCAAGCCAACUGUCGCAUCGACAGCAACCAGGAAGCAUACUUCCCUCGCUUCGUUGCCACCAGGUGGCUGGCAGUGAAUCUGGAGUUUUUGGGGAAUCUACUGGUCUUGGCUGCAGCCAUCUUGUCGGUGCGAGGUCGGGAUGAACUAAGUCCUGGCAUCGUGGGAUUGGCAGUUACACACUCUCUCCAGGUGACAGGAAUCCUGAGCUGGAUCGUUCGAUCCUGGACUGACGUGGAGAACAACAUUGUGUCGGUGGAGCGAGUGAAAGAGUAUGACAACACACCCAAAGAGGCACCGUGGAUCCUGGAGGGCAGUGUGCUGCCAGCUGCCUGGCCGACCAUAGGAACCAUCCAGUUUGAGGAUUAUGGAUUGCAGUACCGUAAAGGUCUAGACUGGGCCUUAAAGGACAUUUCCAUCAACAUCCAGAACAGAGAGAAGGUGGGGAUUGUUGGAAGAACAGGAGCUGGAAAAUCUUCUCUUGCUUUGGGAAUGUUCAGGAUCCUGGAGGCAGCAAAGGGACAGAUUUUUAUAGAUGGGAUCAACAUUGCUCAGAUCGGCCUUCAUGAUCUCAGAUCCAGAAUCACCAUCAUUCCUCAGGACCCGGUGCUGUUUUCUGGUUCUCUGAGGAUGAACCUAGACCCCUUCGAUGCCUUUUCAGAUGAGGACCUGUGGAAAGCCCUGGAUCUGGCUCACCUCGGCAGCUUCGUGUCAGCACUGCCACAAAAACUAAACCAUCAGUGCUGUGAAGGAGGAGAGAACCUCAGUCUCGGUCAGCGACAGCUGCUGUGUUUGGCCAGAGCUCUGCUGAGGAAGACCAGGAUCUUGGUUCUGGAUGAAGCCACAGCAGCUGUUGACUUGGAGACAGACCAGCUGAUCCAGUCCACCAUUCGUACUCAGUUUGAUGAUUGUACAGUCCUCACCAUUGCGCACCGCCUCAACACCAUCAUGGACUACAGCAGGGUCAUGGUGAUGGACCGAGGCACCGUUAUAGAGAUGGACUCUCCCUCUCAGCUCAUGUGUCUGCAGGGUCACUUCUAUCAGAUGUGUGUUGAGGCUGGUUUGGUUUAAUUUCACUGGUAAAAACAGUGAAAUGAACAGAUCAUUAGUUUCCUCUUCUCUACUUUACCAGACAAUAGUACAGGACUGUACAAGCUGCAUCUUUUGGUUGCACGUGGACUGAACAUGUUGUUGGGUGUUAGUCAUAACUGAUAACCACACUACCUGCUGAAAUCCUUUCCAUUAGCUGAGUGUGUUAUUAUGGAUUAUAGAUCGUAUCUUCAGUGUUCCUCAGCAAAGACUGUCUGUCUUACAAACUCAAAUACAGAGUGUACGUUAAUUUGUCAUGAAUUAUUUACUGUCACAUCUGUGUUUUUUAUCAGAAAUAAAAUUAAUUUGAAAUGA